CCUCAAUAAAACCAUUUACUUACACAUGCCGAAACGAUUGAAUGGGCAAAAGGCAAAAGACCGCGUGCUUAUGGCGUAGCGUGCAGCAGCUGCAACGCAACCCAGGGACGCAGAAGCAAAACAACUCGCGAUAACGAUAACGAUAGGACUAACGGCUGCGCAAGGACCACGAGAGCCGACUGCCGCUAGAAGAAGACGAAAAAAAAAAAAUAAUUUUGCCAGUGGGUGGGGGUGGUGUAUGUGAAAAAAGUGCGUGCGGAAUUUGUUUAUAAGCGACAAGAGAAACGUCAAGAAAAGUAGAACAGAGAUUUUGUGUCCAUCGGUUUCGCAGUCGUUUGUCCUGAAAUUAAACAAUGUGCUAGCAGGACAUAAAUAUCUCCUGUCAAGAGAAACUAGUUUCCGUUUCGUUUCCCCCCUUUUUUUUUCCUUAUUCCCCCCUUGUGAUUGGUUUUUGGCUGUCGUUAUCCUGCUGCUACCGCCUUUCCAUCUGAUUAACAGAUCUCAGGUCGUUCCUUUUCGUCGAUGAAGUCUUUGAAUUUAAGUUAGAAAAUGUCCAAUAAUAAUCACCCUCACAGUCAUCUCAGCCAAGCUGCUGCCGCCGCCGCUCAGAAUCCGUCAUGGAAUCCACUGCAAAUACCUUCAUACAUUCCGCGGCAGCCGCAACUGGCACACAUGUCCAAUGAACGGCCCAUGGUGCGUUCCCCAUUGGCCUGGCAGCAGCCGCCGCCGCCACCAGAUGCCAUUUACAAUUUUAUGUCGGCCAAUCAUAAAAACCUGGAUCAUCAUCACCAAAUGAAUCCAUUGCUGGCGCCGCCUUAUACUGGAACAUUGCCUUUUGACUCCAUGGACUUGUCACUGCAAUCAACGCGAAGUGCGGCGCCGCCGCUUUCCAAAUCGGGAUUGCCUCAACAACAACAACAGCAGCAGCAGCAGCAAUCGCAUGGAAAUGCUCAGCAUCAGCAGCAACAACAACAAUCCCAUCUGCAUGCUCCUCCACCCAACUUUCCAUCGAUACACAAUCUAAGCACAAGCAAUGCCACGACCCAGCAGGAACAACUUACUGCCUUGGCGGUUGCCCAUGCUGAGAGGUUGCUGAACUCCAAUAAUUUAACUGCUUCGGCUGUCCCGACGCCAACAUCAACGCCCAAUGUGACUGCCACGCCCAGCAAGUAUUUAAAUGCCAAUGGCAGUGAUUGUGAGUCGCUGUUACCGCCGCCGCCACCAACGACAACUUCAUCCACGUCCACUGCCACAGCCAGCAAUCACAACAGCAGCAGUAGCAGCAGCAGUGGUCCUGGUAGUGGUAACAAUAAUCUAUCAAGUCAGUCGCCAACUCCACAUUAUAUGCAUCAGAAUCGUGAUGAUAGCUUCAAGCUGUCCCAAUUAAAACAACGUAACUUCGAGAAGGAUAAGGAAUGCAGGAUAAUGCAACAGCAACAACCUUCACUUGGCAAUAAGAAACCCUCACCACUGAGAAACUAUCAUCAUCAGCAGCAGCAGGCGCAACAACUGCAGCAGCAAUCACCUUAUAACAUGACUCCAAAAUACAAUGGACCCCAGACUCCGCCCACGCCGCAGUCACCACUGGCCGGUCCAUUACCGCCGCCGCCACAUCAAAUGGACUACAACCAACUGCACUUGCAUCAUCAACUCGGCGGAGGGUAUCAGCACAUGCAGCAAUCAGCCCCUGCGGCUAGUCAAGAUCAACACUUGCAUUAUCAUAAUCAGCAUGUACUGCCAUCCCAUCAUCCGACACACAUAAGCAGCGCACAAUUUCACGCACAAGCCAAUCUGCCCGGACAGCAGCAAUUGCCGCCGCAGCAUCAGCAGGCCCAGGCAGGGCCUCCAAUGCAUCAUCAUUCCCGUAAUUCGCAGCAACUAACGAAUCUCGAUUUACUGCCCAAGCAACCGAAGCAGACGGAUAUGGAUAUUGAACGGGAGAGAGACGAACAAACUGUUAUAACAGAUCUAUCCUAUCGCCACACGACGACAACACCUGCCUUACCCCCUCCUCCUGCUUCAUCUUCCUCCUCGGGGGAGACUGAAAAGCCGGCUGCACCUUCUACUGCUAGCCACGAUGCUCCUGAAUCACCAUAUUUGACUACCUCCAACGAGGAGUCACUGGAAUCGAACAGCAACAGCAAUAGCAACAGCCGCAAGAGACGCAAACGCAAAUCUAGCCUUGUAAUGCGUCUCACUCCCAGCGAAAAUGCUUCGGCCACCAAGCAUACUCAUGGCAAUAGUAACAGUAGUCCCAAACAGACGACCAAGAAUGGAACUUCAAGUGCCGGCGGCGAUUUUCAACCAUUUCAACAAACUGAAAUGCCCAUGGUCAUGGAGAACGGACGAGCCAGUUCACCGGCUCAAACGGAGAAUAGCAACAGCAAUAACUCAACAUCGUUGUACAACGAUGACAACCCAAAGACGAAAAAGCAACGUCAAGCACUGCUGCAACGCAAUCUCACCGAGCAGCAGCACCGGCAUCAUCCAAUCCCUGAGGAUGAACCUGUGGCAAAUCCAACUCCCCCAACAACAACAGUCACAAUGCCACCGCCGCCAAGUCCGCAGAGCAAUAGCAGCUCCAGUUCUAGUAGUUCCAGUUCCCACUCCAGUCACAGCAGCCACGAUGAGAAACAGCAGCCCGAACCCCCCAUAAUCAACAAUAAGAGCAUAACGGAUACGCCGGCAUCUCCAGCUCUGGUGGAACAAGGCGAUAUUGAUGCCAAACCAGCGGUGAGUGUACAUGAGCAAGAAGACGAUGACAACGAAGUGGACGAGGUGGUGACGACAAAAACUGAUGAUAAUAGCAAGGCACCGGAAACUUCACCCAAACCUCCAACGCCACCAGUUCAAUCCACGGCCACUUCGGCACCAUCCUCAGAACCAAUUGUAGUGCCACCAAAUGCUGCUGAACCUCGUCAUUUUGGUGAAGUGGAAGAUAAGCUAGAGCAAAUGUUCGCCGGGAUUGAAGAGGAAACGGAAGCUCCGGCGGAAAAGCCCGCAGAGCAGGAGGCUAAAGUGAAUGAUGUAGUUGGGCAUGAUUUGAGCGCCCAGCUGGCUAUGGAUAGCGCCAAAUCAGAGGAGAUCAAGCCGACUCCACCGGUACCCGAGGUGCGACCCAUAGCCACCAAGGCGGCAAUGAAAUCCACUCUGCCCAGUCCUAUUCACAGUCCCAUGCUUGAGGCUCGUUCCACUUCUACGCCGUUACCCGAAUCGCAGCUGGCUGAAGAAUCCCAAGAUAGCAGCAAAUCGCAACCGGUUAGGUCUGCUCCCCAGCGUCGUUUACCGCAAAGAAGACUUUCCAUAGGCAUGGAUGCAGCACUCCUGCGCUUUACUCUCGAUGACACUGCAUCCCAGGCCAAAACCAAGAAGACUGUGGGGCGAAAAAAGUUACCGCAACCCGAUCCAGAGGAUAGCGAUGACGAUGAUAAGCCCAGUACCUCGGCAGCAGCAGCAGCAGCCUUGGCAGCGCGAAACAAACUAAACGAAACAGCCAACAUAAAGAACAACAAUUCAAAAACAUCGACCACAACGACAAAAAAGAGUCCCAUAGCCAAGGGCAAGAGCAAGAAGGCGGCAGUGGGCAAGACUAACAAUAAAAAUUCCAAACAGAAUGGCAAAAAUUCUAAGGGUGGCGGGGGACGUAAACCGAUCAGCACUGAUGAGGACAGUACGCCGGCGCCUCACGUAAAUGGAGGCAGUAGCAGUUUGCCCGAUUUGAAAUUCAAAUCUCCCUACAUUCUAAUCAAACCAGAUGGCACAUUUAGCAUUAAGAAUACGCACAGCUCCGAGGAUAUCAAUGAGAAACAAACGAAGGCCAAAAAGGCACCGCAUGAGCGUAAAAAUCUGCGCGGCAUGCACAGCUCAACAUUGAGCAAUCGCUAUGAUGCCGAUACCACGGAUUCCAGUUGGAUUUGUGUAUUCUGCAAACGUGGUCCCCACAAAUUGGGUCUCGGUGAUCUCUUUGGACCCUAUCUGGUGUCCAUAGACUGCGAUGAGUAUCGAGCGGCACUGCACAGUCCCGGCGUCCAGGAUAUCGAUGGUCUAUUUGUGAGCAAACGGAAACGUGGCGAUAUGGUAAAAGCGCAACAACGGAAUCUGCCCGUAGUGCAAGCCUCGCUAGCCAACAUUAUGCAGGCCCCCAAAAUUAGCAUGCAUAAACGCAAGCGGAAACAACCAGCCCAGGAUUGUAACAAUUCAUUUAGCGAUGAUCAGUUUGAUAUGCAAUCUCGUUGCUCCUCCUCAAUGGCAGAUCCUCUUGAUUAUAGCCAAGAGAACAAAUUGGUGGAAACGUUUCGCGGCAUGUGCAAGACCUCUGAGCAUGGCUAUGAGAUUUGGUUACACGAGGACUGUGCCAUUUGGACCAAUGACAUACAAUUGAUCGGAGCCCAUGUGAAUGGACUCGAUGCUGCUGUGUGGGAUAGUACGCGAUAUCAAUGUGUCCACUGCUCGCAGACGGGGGCCAAUGUUUGUUGUUUUCAACGCUCCUGCAAGGCAACUGCCCAUGUGCCGUGUGCCCGUUCAGCCAAUUGGCAUCUGAACGAACACGAACGUAAGGUUUUCUGUCAAUUGCAUGGCCCAUCCGAAGGAUCACAUGCAGCAGCAGUAGAGGAACCAGCAGCCGGUACUAUAGGAAAUGAUUCAAUGGCAUUGGAAUCCCUGCAAUUGCAGCAGCCAGUUCUAUUGAAUAUCAAUUCGCUUCCCUGAGUGCGGGUUCGUGUGCAAAAGUGUCGUCGCAUGUUUUAGAUAGCUUUGUGUCCAUUUCAAGAAUUGUAAAUAGAAAAAACACAAAAAACGUUUUCGCUGAGGGUGGAACGAGAGGAAGAGGGUAAUCCUCUCCACUAAGAGUGUUGUGUAUAAAUGAAAAACGCUGUAAAUUUUCCCCAUAAAGCUUUGAUGCGCUAGAGUUAUCAGAGAGCGCGUUGCAUACUGUAUGUUACAUAUAUAUAAAUAAAUAUAGUUAUAUAUAUUUAUGUAUAUUUAAGAACAAAGUUUUUACUUGUUUUAUCCAGAAUAAUUAUUAACUUAUUAUUAUUAUUUCGGUGUACCACCUGUGUAGUACCUUUUAGUUUUUAAUUAUAUAUUUACGUUUAAUUCUUAAGUUUAAUUUUUAAAUGCAAAUCGCACGUACUUUCGCUUUAGUUGCAUCACACACACUUGAAUUUGAUUUUAGUUAAAUUUGUUGUGUAUGAGAAAAAGAGCAUACUCGAUGCCAUACCAUAAUCGUAAAUGAUAAUUGAUAAAUAUAUCUGCAAUUAUAUAUAAAUAUAUAAACACAUAUAUAAUGUGCACAGCAUUGAUUCAAGUAAAAGUACAUACCUAUACAUAAAUAGAAAAAUGUCUGACAACACGAAAGCAGCCAAUUUAAGUAAUAAACAAACAACAAUUGAGAACAUUCGAACCCCCUAUUCAAAAUGGAAUAUUGUAAAACAAUAUAUAAAUAUGAUUAAACAAUAAUGUUAACGCCUAGAUACAUGUAAAAGUAAAAAUUUAUAUUAUUAUUAUAUAGAUUCAUAUAUAUAUAUACAUUCUAGUACACAUAACUUGGUACUUGCAUUGUAUUAUUAACUAUUCAUACGCGAUAAGAGUAAAAAAAAAGAAAACUGUACGUAUUUGAAGAUAAUUUUUAAAUUACAAAACAAAAACCCCCAUAUAAAUCAAUCAAUAAACCAAGAAACAACAAAA